UAAUUUAUAUUAAAUAAAAAUAUUCUUCUAAGUUAUUACGUACCGUAAAGCACCGUAAACAAAAUGGAUAGGCGCAAGAAACUACAGGAGAUUAUUGAAAAAGCUAAAUCUGAGUUGCGAUUAAAUGCACAUCCUUUCCACAAUAAGGAAAUAGUUCCUUCUUUAAGUUUUACUAAGAAAAAUCUUAAAAAAAAUGCCGAAGAAAGGCCAAUUGAUCAGGAUGAGAUUGUUAAACAAAAUGGAAUUGAUAAUAUGAUAACAAAUAAUCUAGAUGCCAUUGUGCAUAGAUCAGAUGUUCGACCAACGGGUGAAGUUCCUAAUGAUAAUAACGUUCAGACUUCGAAUAUUGUAAUAGAGAAAAUGUGUAACUUGACUGAACAGUUCGCAGAGAAUUAUGAGCGGGAGCAGGAAUUUAAAAAUGAGUGCCAUAAGGGAAUAAGAGAUAUCAAGUGGGAAAACGUGAUUGAUGUUCCCAAAGAAGCAAAUCUUAACGAUGAAUUGUUUGAGGGUACCAGUUUUGCGAACAUUUUUAAAGAACCCAGUGAUACGGAUGACACUUUUGAGUACAAAGGUAAACUAGAUCGUGCUGAAUAUUUAGCAUGUGACAAAAAAUUUUCCAGACUGCUACGACAAGAAGCGGAACGAAAAAAUAUACAAAAUUCGCAACAUUCCAGAAUAUGUCUAAAUCGAAACUGUUCUUCAGAUGAAAACAUGCUACCAUCACGUGCUGUGCUUAAAAUGUUUGGUUCUUACUGCUCAUCUAAUGCUGACGCGUCUAGAAAAGGUUUUAAACCACCAUGUGGAUAUGAAAAACGCAAUACUUUUGCUGAUACUGAAUCUGAUUCGGAGGAUGAUACUGUUAUUGGUAGCCAUACAUACAGUAAUAUCGUAUCAGAUUCCGAAAGUAAUAUUGAAAUCCAAAAAUCUGAAAUAACCACAGUUCGUUCUAAAACCAGUAGAGAAGUUUUUCUAAGUGCAGCUAUGUUAAAGGAGGAAACACAUCAGUCCAGAGCCAUGACUAGAAAAUAUGAGCCAUUUCGUGGUGUAUAUGUACCAUAUCCUUCGGCAGAUUUUGAGAGAGGUGCUUUUCGAAGUCCUGAGAAUCGUGAACCUAUAGAAAAGGUACAAGCGACAAGCUUGUUAGAAAUGAUGGGUCCUAUACCAAACGAGAGUAGUACUAUGGAAGAAACUUCAUCUACUGCGACAAUAGAUGUUUUAUUUAAACAAGCUAGCGGCAGAUCAUCAAAAUCUGCAGUUAACAUUGACAGUCCAUCUGCAGCAAACUCCAAUCGUUCUAGUGUACAUAAUUUCGAUAAAACUAGCACCAGUUACUCUCUACCCGUAGACAAUGAAGCAAUAGUGGCAGAAAGCAGUAGUAUUCUUACUGAUUCUGAUACUGCUAAUGAAUCUCAAAAUGUAAGUACUGAUACUAUGAAGAGUUCUGAUUGGGAACAAAAAUCAAAGAAACUGGAAAAGAGAAAGAGAUACCCUAAGUAAUUUUAAUGAAAGUAAAUUAUGCAAUUAUUUAAA